AUGCCCCCCCCGGCGUCGUCCGCAACGGUGCAGCAGCCUGUGGCCAUGCCCGUCUCCCUGAAGCGACCGGCGUGCAGAGAAUGCCGCGCGCGCAAGGUGAGAUGUGAUCGCGCUAGUGGUCGCUGUGGGCCGUGUACUCGCUUCGACCUGGGCUGCUCCUACUCGGCCACCAUCGUGUCCGCGUCCAACAGUGAUGCCGCCACCAACACCCGAGUGACGCAGGCGGGGCUCGUCCGGCGACGCAGCAGGCGUGCCUGCAGCACUUGUCGCGCCCUCAAGGCCAGAUGCUCCGGCGACCUCCCCUGCACGCGUUGCCAAUCUAAGAGCCUCUCGUGCGCUUACGGCCCGCGAGUGGUUGACGUCAAUACCAUCGCCGGUCCGGGUCCCGACGCCGGAAGCGCUGAUGCUACAUUUGCAUCACCAUCACCAUCUAGGGCUGUCGAUAUUGACGAGGCUCCUCCCGCCAUUCAAUCUAACUCUGCCUCUGCCCCUGCCCCUCCCUCCGCACCGCCCGAUCCGCACAGUCAGCAUCACAGACCAGCAACGGCCGUGCGAAGCGACACUCCUCACCCUCGCCCCCCCUUUCUUCCUCCUCCUUCCCCAGCGUCGGCAAGGCUAAUAGAAGACUCAUCUCGGGCGUUCAAGGACCUCGAGGCCUUCUUCGACAGCCCAGCGGGCAGCCCGAUCGCUAUCCAGUUUCUCCACCGGUCGUCUAUCCUUGCCGACUGGAGCCAGGGCCGUCUCGAUUCGACCCUGGCGGCGACUCUCUGCGCACUAGGGCGCCUCAACGCCUGCGAGGCGGCGUCGUCACUGAUAGACCCCCGCGCAGGCGACGGCGACGGCGACGGCGACGGCGAUGACAUCGGCAUCCGAGAUGCUCGAGCAUGGCUCGGCGAAGCACAGCAGGUUCUCGUCGGCAAAUUCGGCGCGGCCACCAUCGCCCAGCUCCAGACACUCAUACUCAUCAUGCAGUAUCGUGUAGCAUCCGGGGACGUCAUGGACGCCUGGAGUCUUGUAGCGCUAGGUGCUAGGCUAGCCUUUACGCUUCGCCUCAACUAUGAGCUUCCAGGCUGGGACCACGACCCUGUCAUCCAGGAGACGCGGCGACGUAUGGUUUGGUCCAUCUGGCUAAUUGAUCGGCUCCUUGCCGGCGGAAUCGAAGACCUCGUCGUCUGCCCUACCGAGCGCAUCCACAUCCUCCUUCCGUGUGACGAUUAUACCUUUCAGCGAGGCAUCGCGUCGCGUGCCGAGUCGCUAGCCGACCCAGCCUCACGAGUAGACGCCGCAGGCCAGGACGCACUAGGGUACUAUCUCCGGCUGCUUGAGUGUCGACAUCGCAUUUUAAGGUACACUAAGCGGGUCGUCCGAGAGUCUACUUCCCCCAUUUCUAGUUAUGCCGAGCUCAAUGCUCUUCAGUCCGACCUGGAGUCUCUCAAAAACAGUCUACCAAGCGACCUUAAACUGAGCCCGGAGCGUCUCCGCCUCAGAGCACACUCGCACGAUGCCGGUGGCUACAUAGCUCUGCACUUGCUCUGGAACCAGUGCCAUUGCGACUUGUACCGCUUCCUAGUGCCUGGGAUGCGCGAGGCUGUUGGAAGCGGCAUCUUCAAGCGCACACCCGCCGAAUAUGUUGUUCAUUGCCAGACGGCCUGUCUCCUCGCAGCCGUCAGGGUCGCCGAUCUCCUCGCAGAUCUCCACCGCCUCGGCUUCCGCAAGACUUGCGGCAUCCCCAACGUCAUUGUCGGCAUCUACCAGGUCGCGCAAAUCGUGUACCGCUUGCAACACCUCCUACAGUCCCGUGGCAGCGGGCUUCCCAGUAUAGAUACGGUGAAGCGCAGCCUCCGCGACGCGCACCACAUGGUCUCAGUCUUACAGCCGAGUACUAGACUCGGCCUCAAAGCCGCUGAGAUGCUUGUCGAAACCGAUACCCUAAUCCAGGGGCUUGAAGGCGAGCCUCCGCACCAGGAUCUUGAGUCCAACGGUCCCCAGGCCAUUCUCAACACGGCACGUUCCGGCACCGGCCACGACCCAUGGCCGAGCAGCGCCCAGCAUCUCGCUUCCAAGGGAUCCUUCCUCGAUGACCUGGAGAGGCAGACGAACAUUGCGAGGCAAACUGCCCUUGGAACUGAAGUUCAUGCGGCCUACACUACGUCGAGCUGCAAUACUGACGAUGAUGCUAGUAACUCUAGCCCUCAGCAAGCACCAGACUACGUCAGAGACGAUUGGGCUAGCCUGGAGAGGCAGGCGGGGCAAGGCCUCGUGUCACUACAAAGUGGCAUAGUCGACGCGCCCUCCGGGCCGAUAGCUAGCACAGCAAAUCUUUGGGCAUCCACUGACCGGUUCCUUGGCCAGAGGCAACCCACCGAAACCAACAUCCCAUGGGAUCCUUUUGAGGUGCAGCUCUGCGAUUAUCAUGAUCCUGAACUGGAAAUGGUCUUAUUCUCGUUGUCAGCCGCCUAA